AUGCCCAACCCUCCUCAUCAAAAGCAAAACCCAGAGGUGGUGGAGCUGGCCGUCACUGCUCCCGUCGACGAGGUAGUCAAGGUGAUUCGUCGCGAUGGUGGAGUCAUCAUCAAGAACUUCAUUACGCCUGAGACGGUCGACCAGAUCAACAAGGAGGUCGAGCCCUUUUGGCAGCAGAAGGGAGUCUACAAAGGCUCGCUCUUCAAUGCGGAUGAUCCACCAAUGAGCGGUCUCGCAGGCAAGUCACGCACCGUCGCUCACAAGAUUCUUAACCACCCUCUGUAUCGCGACGCCGCCAAAGAGAUCCUGCGCGAUAUCACCUACCCGUGGUGGGGCGACUCGAGAAGCAUUUGUGUAUCCGAUCCCGUUCUCGCCGUCUCUCAGGCAUUCACCCGCGGCCCGCAUACAAAGGGCCAGCCGCUUCACCGAGACGACACGCCCCAGCAUUUUGAGCACGUCGAGGGCAGCGGGGAUAGCUCGCUGCUUGGGAUUCUCGUUGCCGGUAGUCGAUGCACAUUUGAGAAUGGUGCCACUCAGCUGAUCGUGGGUUCCCACCUCUGGGGCGACGAGCGUGGUCCGGCUGAUCCCAGCCUUUGCUCCACGGGCGAGAUGGAAGUUGGCGAUGCCCUCAUCAUCAUCGGAAGCAUCUGGCACGGAGCUGGCCAUAAUAUUUUCGACGGGCGACGCAAUAUUUUCUCCAUGCAUAUGGUCAGGGGAACCUACCGGCAAGACGAGAACCAGUUUCUGGCCAUCCCACGUGAGGUCGUCAAGACCUACGACCCUGAGGUUCAGGCGCUUAUAGGGUACUCGGUCAGUCAGCCAUACCUUGGCUACGUCGACUUUGAUGACCCCAUCAAGCUGUUAUCCGAUACUCCGCAGCUCGCGCAGCACGACCUGCAAGGCGUUAUCUUUGAGGGUCCCGGUUCUGAAACCUGUACCGGUCCGAAGCCAACGAUUCCCAAAGAGGUUGUGACAGUGUAG